CUCUCUCAGCCCCGCGUUGCCUGCUUCAAGUGUUCCGGACUCGAUCGAGGGCGGGGGCAGGAACCAGGCCAGCGAUGCCCAACACAAACCAAACCUUAAACAGCGUGCUGGGCACUGUCCUCCUUCUGAUUUCUUGUCCACUUGGUGUCGGUCAAGACUUACUUAAGCACACAUCAUGAACCAGUCUCUCCAGCGUGCAAGCCUUGAUGUGUGACGUCAUCGUGCAGUAGAGACUCUCCCAUCGCUGCUGGCUGCUGGCUGCAGCCUGCACCCUGUUGCCUGCCAACCUGCGCCCGAAGAGUGGCUGGGACAACUGGAGAACCAGACAGUCACGGCCGCAGCGUCUCACUCGCGAUUCACCCCAUCUCACAAAAUCAGGGCUCGACUGCCACGAUACCACCUCGAUUCCGGAUUACGGGAACCCUUCCAGCCUUCAUCUCAAUAGCGCCUAGGGAGCUAUAAUAGUUCCCGGCUCUUAAACCCCAUCGUCACCGCCAGGCUGAGAACCCCUGGCUGCCCGGGUUAUUUGGUGUCCUGCAAAUCAAGGCAACCGUUGUUGUCUGAGGACAGGCGGGCAGGCGGACAGGCGGACAGGCGGGCAAGCGUUUAGUGGGCCCAGGACGAGCCAGCUGAUACCAUAGUGGCCGUCCAGAUUUCAUGAUUGCCAUCUUUUCAAUCAGACGCUUGUCUCUUUUACAACUCUAACUAGGUAGAGGGAUCCCACACAACUUUUAAGAGACGGUGGCCCAACCCCUCUUAGCGUCCGUCCUCGGUCACCUACCUGUACCUUUGUUUUUGUCACAAUCCGUCAAGGGUCACACUCGCCUACCUGACAUACUUACUGCUGUUGGUUCAGGUGGACCGGAAAUAGUCAUGCCUAGGCCAGAAUGUUUAUAAAGCCUUGAGCUCUUCACCAACCAAGCCGUGAUUGGUGGACCUUCUCUCGGUUGUCACGUUGGCCCUCACAAAAAGUUAAUGAGAAGUUCCAAUAUGCCCAGGCGAGCGCAUUCGUCUCCCGAGGUCCGCAGCCGUUCUCCAAGGUCCUUGGGCGGAACGCAUUGCCGCUCCUCAAAGCCGGAGCAGCACUCUAGUGCUCUCGUGAGUUGGAGAGCUGGCUACUUACUUAAGUACCCUGUCGACCGGGACACAGAGCCGAGCGGCUUUACCUCUGGCCCGUGAGGGGGUGACCAAAAUGGGUGCGAGUUUGAAAAGUUGUCACAUCUGCCAAUUCAUUAAUAUUGGUUAGAGCGUCCGUCGUGAUGAUCAUCUGGCCGGACUUUAUCAGCUGAAAUCAAAUAAAAACUGAGCACGGCUCAAACGUGGCAUCCCCCUAUUCCUGACUUGAUACCGCCGAGGCUACUUAGUACCUUCAGCACUGGUCCAAGUCAACCGUCUUGUUAGAAAUCAGUAGCCCCUCACCUCGUGAUAAUGGGCUCUCACCUAGACUACGGUACCACUUUUGACUUCAUCGUCUGUGGCGGGGGCACCGCCGGCUGCGUGGUUGCAGGAAGGCUGGCAGAGGACCCAACCGUUCGUGUUCUCAUAAUCGAGGCUGGACGAGACAAUGAGAACUUGGAGAACACACACAUGGCCGGAGCCUGGGCCAAGAACCUCGACGGGCCGGAGGACUGGAACAUUGUAUCGGAAAAAGGUACGGGAAUCAACAAUCGGCAGGUGAAGCUGAGCCGGGGCAAGUUUCUAGGCGGCUCCUCGGGCAUCAACGGAACUCUUUGCAUCAAAGGCUCCAAGCAGGACUACGACGAUUGGGGCCUGGACGGAUGGGGCGGCGAAGAGUUCUUCGGGUACAUGCAGAAGGCCGAGACGUUCCACAACAAAGAUUGGUUCAAGGCUCACAGCAAGUCUCACGGGUUCCAAGGGCCGCUCCACACUGAGCCACACGACUUGGCACCUAUCUCAAAGCUCGUGCUCGAGUCCAUGAUAUCUAAAGGCCUCCCACUUGACGAUGACAUGUUUUCGCACGGCGAAAAUCCUCACGGCUGCGGACAUGCCCCGCGAACUGUUCAUGAGGGUGUCCGCACAACUGGGGCCGAUUUCGUCACCAAGGCUCGCCGCAGGGACAAUAUUGUCAUACUUACGGAGACUUAUGUCGACAAAGUACUCUUCAAAGACACCAAGGGUGAAGUGGUGGCCACUGGUGUGCGGGCGGUGAGCGCAGGCGGCGUGCCAUUCGAUAUAACCGCAACCAAGGAGGUCAUCAUCAGUGGCGGUGCUUACUGCAGCCCCAACAUUUUGCAGAGGUCUGGAAUAGGAGCCAAGGAUGACCUCGUUGCUCUUCACAUCCCCGUCGUUGUUGAUCUCGCCGGCGUGGGCAGAAACCUCAUGGACCAUCUCAUUGUCUUCAUGUUUUACGAGGUGAACAAGCCCGGCCUGACCAACGACCACCUGGCGUACCACGAUGAUGCCAUCACCAAGUCAUACAAGGUCUGGAAAGAGAGCAAGGCUGGGUUCCUGUCCAGCUUCCCGUUUGGCUCCUUCGGGUUCGCCCGGCUGGACGACAGGCUUGCCGACUCUCAAUUAUGGAACUCCGCUCCCAGGAUGCCCGGCCGUGAUCCAAUGGGGUUGACAGCGAAGCAGCCAAACAUCGAGUUCUUCCAUACAGAGUGUUAUGGUGGGCCCAAGCAAUAUGACAAAUUUCCUAUCGACCACAAACAUGCUUUCGCCAUGAUCGCGGAGCUCUUCGCGCCGCGGUCCAGGGGAACGGUGCAACUGCAGAGCACAAACCCCCUAGAUGGGCCCAAGGUAGAUUGUGGGUAUCUCAAGGACCCGUUGGACGUCGAGGUCCUCGCAGAAGCUUGUCGGUUCGCAAACGAGAUCAUAAUGGGAGGAAAAGGGACGAAAGAUGUUAUUCGCGGCUCGUGGCCACCCGAGCUCACGCACCACACUUACACGAGUAGGGAGGAGUGGAUCCCAUACGUGAAGGACAAUGCUACCACAUGUUACCAUCCUGCGGGAACAUGUGCUAUGGGGAGACGAGACGACGCAAAUGCAGUGGUGGAUGAAAAGCUCAGGGUCAGAGGUGUGACAAAUCUGCGUGUCGCAGAUGUCAGCAUAAUGCCUACUUUGAAUGGAGGACACCCACAGAUGCCGGCGUACGGAAUCGGCGAAAAAGCUGCGGACCUCAUCAAGGAGGCUUGGUUGAAGCGUGAUGGUUAGACGACAAGCUUCCCCAAACACUAUGGAUUUGUGGUUUGAACAAUGCCAAAGCACCAGUACUUAGCUUGCUCCCACACGCUGCUUCUAUCACUCAUUCAUCUCACAUGCAACCUGGUAGCGGCAUUCUUGGAGACUGAGGUGUCUCAUCAUAUAUUCAACACUUGCAGGCUUUGAUCUUGAUCCUUUGUCAUCAACUAACGCUUCUAAUACCUGUGUCAUGUCCGGCCGUUGUCGGGAAAGCGGUUCCAGCAAUUCACACGUCAAAUACAACGCCUGAAAACACGCCUGUUACUUCCAGCGUAAUGGCGUGCCUGAAAUCAGCUCAGAGCGUGGUAUUCACCACCAGUACAGCGUCACUAGUCCACAAGCUUUGUUAUGUGGUUUCGCUUCUAUUCCGUAUACGUCCGAGGACAUACAUGGCGCCUUCAUACGGUGGUAAGCACUCAAGACCCAGCGCUUGGAAAGAACACAAUGCCGAUAACAAUAGUUAUAAUACGAUACAAGCUUUGUUAUAAAGGCUAAUUCUGGUCGUCAAGUCGUCUGGUCGUCUCCGAACCCUCUAGAGCUCAUUCAGUCUCUUCGAUCAUAUGCACUGCAACACAUUCACAAAACAGAACAGACUGAAACUGCCUACGACCUGCCUACGAUAAACGGGGGGACAAGCUCCAUAAUUACCUCACGUCAAAUCCAGGGUUCGCAGCAUGUCAAACUUGGAAUUCGCAGCAUGUCAAACUUGGAAUCAUCAGACCCCCUACGCGUUGAAUGCCACGUACACGG